UUCUCUCUUUCUCUCCCUCACUUGUCACCAGUGACCAUGUGGUUCCUGCUCAUAUAUGUCCAUCUUACAGCAACACAAGCACAAAGAAUAAUUUUACGGGGGUCGACCCACCCAUGUGAGGGCCGACUGGAGGUGUACUACGAGCAGCAGUGUGGUUUGGUGGGACAUCAUAAGUGGGAGCCCAAAAACGGUGAGGUAGUGUGUAAAUCCUUAGACUGUGGUGAUCAUGUGGCUUCUGGGGUUUUAUACCAUAACUACAAAAACCUUCCUCUACUUACAACCUUCUGGAUGGAUGAGAUCAUGUGUAACGGGACAGAGGACAAGCUCUGGGAAUGCAAUUUCAGCGGAUGGAAUGUCACUCAAUGCCAAAACGACAACUAUGUUUCAGUUAAUUGCUCAGGGAACGUUUCUCUGACUCUGAAUCGAAAUGGAGUAGCAGAUGUGUGUGCCGGGGUGGUCCAGUUCACAACACUGAAAGGAAAAGUUAAUGUGUGCACAAACACCGUUAAAGACAUUGCAACUAAGGUGUGCAAAGAACUUAACUGUGGGGAACAUAAGAAGAUACUCACGUCCAGCACCUUCAAUUCAGGUGGAAUUUUAAAAAACAUUCCCUUAAACUGUGUUGGCAAUGAAGACUUCUUAUGGCAGUGCGUGGACUGGGAAUCUGCCAUGUCGAAGACAUGCCAAGAAGAAAUAACUGUUAUCUGUGCAAAUCAUAAACCUGAACGUCUGCAGGGUGGUGUUGAUGCCUGUCAAGGAACUUUGGAGUCCAGCACUGAAGGACAAUGGGCUAAUGUAGCAUGUCAAGAGAGUGAUUCUAACAUGUUUAAUAAUGUGUGUGUUAAGCUGGGGUGCGGCACAUUUGUCAGUGUGAAACCAUGCAAUGAAAGCAAGAACACCUGGCUUAAAUGCUCAACUCGUGUCAAGGUAGAGCUAAGACAAAGUGGGCAAAGGACAACAAAUUGUUACGGGGACAUCUAUGUAAGCACGAAUGGCUCUCCCAGAGCUGUGUGCGUCAAUGAUGCCACUUCUUAUCAGAAGAUUGGUGAGGUGGUGUGCCGAGAGUUGGACUGUGGGACCCCACUCAGUGUUUCGCAGGGCUCCUCACCACAGCUUGGACAAUUUAGUCAUGCUGAAUGUUAUGGACAGGAGAAAUCUGUGUGGGAAUGCAUCUACAAACAUGACACCAUUGGCAAGUGUAAAACCAUCAAUGUUAUAUGCUCAGGCUCUCUGGUUAUGCGUCUGAGCAAUGAUCUGGAUAAGUGUGCAGGCCAACUGGAGGUGAAGUUACUGGAUUCCUGGUGGAGCAUGAGCUCUGAUGGCUGGUCAAAGCAAAAUUCAGACAUGGUGUGUCAACAUCUUGAAUGUGGAGCUCUGGAGGAGAAUAGUCAACAUCGCUUUGUGAAGAGCAACUCACGUAUACUGGACUGGAAGUUGGCAUGCAAGAGCUCUCAUAUCUCAAACUGCAGCUUGGAAAGAAAGAAAUAUAAUAAAAAUGAUGCAGUAGUCAACAUCAUCUGCAACAAGUAUGAGCUCUGGUUUCUGCAGGGCGACUCACCAUGUGAAGGGAGAGUAAAGAGUAAAACUGGUGUUUUGCAAAUAUCCAUCACCAAUGAAAAGGCUAACGAAGUGUGUGCACGAAAUCUUUGCGGAACUAUAAAAAAUUACACCAGCAACAUGGUGUACUCUGUCUGCCCUGAAAAUGCAACCACACCAUUCAACUGCUCCAUAAAGAACACAACCACAUCAACAGAACCUCAGUUUGCCUAUGUGAAAUGCUCAGGCUCCAUGAGGGUGCAGUUGGAGAACAAGUGCCAUGGGAAGGUGCAGGUGUGUUCAAAUGAAAACUGUAUGGAUAUAUGUGAGGACACCUGGAUGGAAGCGCAGUCAAGAAUGCUGUGUAAAAGUCUGGGCUGUGGAAUGACGAUCAAACAGGAGUACAGUGGGAAGAAAGAGCCUGGAAUGAGUUUGACCAGUGUACACUGUUCUCAAACAGCUGAGAACUUUAGCCAGUGCAACUUCUUCAAACUUAAAAAUCCUUCCUUUUGCCAAAAUCCAGCUUAUGUUUCCUGCACAGGGAGUGUGAAAGCUGAGCUGCAUGACCUGAGAGAUAAGUGUGCUGGAAACCUUCAGCUAUUUUACUCUGGAAAAUGGCAAUCAGUGUGUACAGGCAUCAAUCAGGAGACACAGAAUGCCAUCUGUACAAACUUGGGAUGUGGAGAAGCCGUCAGUUUCAACAAGUCUAUCAACAUGUUUGACAGCUAUGGACUCACAAGCAUCACUUGUCAAGAUGGCAACAUUUCCAACUGUGAUUUCUCGAACACUGAAGUACAAAGGUGCCAAGUUGGCCAUCUCAACUGCACAGAAUGGAGAAGGCUGCUCCUCACCAGCACUAAAACCGCUUGUACGGGGAAAGUCUACCUCCAGAAUCAAUCAGGCCUCAACACAGUGAGCAGUGAUGGUUGGAGUGAAACGGAACAUAAUAAGCUGUGUAACUAUCUGGAGUGUGGGAAUGUUUCUGAAACUGUGGAUGAAGAACAUAUGAAUAAAGCACAGCCUUGCUGGGGCAGGAGCUACAAUUGCUCAGGGAACCCCAAAAACAUCUGGGAAUGUGAGAAGGACAAGGCACCUGUGGAGAAGCGUCAUCUCCACAUCAACUGUACUGACGAGCCACAAGUGAACCUCACAGGCAAAUGUACAGGUGAGGUGCAGCUUAAGAAUGAGCAUGUGUGUUUCACGUCACAGAACACGGGCAGAGUGUUCAAAGAGUUCUGUCAGGAACUGGGCUGCAGCAUGCUUUUCAAAACCUGGCCCACCAAGAAAAAUAGUAAAGCACGUUACCUGAACUGCAUAGGAAUGGAAAACAAACUAUGGCAGUGCAGCUCAUGGACAGAUACAUGCGAAAAUGUCAUCUCUCUGGCAUGUGCAGGGACAAUUGACUGGAAACUCAGUGGUACUUGUGGGGGCGAAUUUCAAGUGAAGUACCGUGGAAAGUGGGAACCCGUCUGUCCUCUGGAGAAGGACAAUGCGGACAGGAUAUGUAUGAACCUGAAAUGUGGAAAUGCCAGUAAAGUUAUACCAAAGCCUGUAGAAAAUGAACCAAAUCCAGAUGUUGGAUUUCAGUGUACAAAAGACCAUCAGUAUCUAAUGCACUGCUUCAGACCAGAAAACUGCGAAAGGAAGGCUAUAAUUUAUUGUGACAAUUAUGUUCCUCCAGUGAAGAAAGAAAAAGCAGACAUUGGAUAUAUUAUUGGGGUUGUGGUGGGACUCGUGCUGCUGCUGGUGGCUGCACUGAUUGUGUACUGGAAGAGAAAAACUUUCCUCGCCAUAUUGAGAUUCAAAUCUUCUUCUGAAGACAAUGAUGUGGAGAUCAACAAGAAUGAAAUGCAGAGCUUGAAUGAAAAAGCAGAUAAUCUUGAAAAUGGUUCUGAAAAUUAUGACGAUAUUGGUACCAUUGUGAACCCCAUGGAGGACAACCAGAGUGAAGUAAGUGCCUCUGAAAAUGACAAGGAGAAUAUGAGCACAAGUCAAAGCUUCUCUGGCACUGACUAUGACGAAGCUGAUGAAGAAAAUGCCAAACCACCAGCAAACAGCAACCCCACUGAGCCACUCCUUCCUCCCAGACCUGACAACUUACUUGACAAAGUAACAUUCGAAGCUGACGUGGAGCCACAGGAGGACUAUGACGAUGUUAUUUUACCCCAGACGGUGGUGAGUGAGGAAAAAGAAAGGCUCGAUAUACCUGGUCUAUCAUUAGAGCCACCAUUACUGGUUUCAAAUGAUGAAGCCAAGCAUCAGAAAGAUGAGUAAUCAAGGUCAUUUUCAGGUUCUUCAAAACAUUUUUAAAAAGGCUUGAAAAAUGAUAUUUUUCUUAAUUGGAUUAUGAUAAUUUCAUACAUUAUUUUGAAAAGCAUUGGCAUGAGCGUAAAUAGCAACAUGCUAAAUACGAAUUUUUCUUAAUUAUAAAUACUAUCUAUUGUAAUGAGGAACAGCAGAAUGUGAAACUGUUUCCACAAAUCAAAUUUGUAAUUGUGAGUUUCUAAAAUUUAAUGGAAUGAAGAAGUUUAAAACCUAUUUUUCUUUUGUAAUUCAUUUUCUAAAAUGUGUAUAUGUGUAACAAUUGACGUAGUCUGUUGUUAUUACAUUUAAUGGUAACCUGUUCCAUCAUUUUGUUUUACU